AUGGCGCUAGAGGACGGAGUUGUUGAAGAACUCAACGAGGAGCGGAAUUCACACAACGAUGUCGAGGAACCAAAUCCCGUCGAGACUUCCCAGAAACAACAAACAGAGCAAGUUUCUCGUCCUGCUUACAUAUUACCAGCCAUUGUGGCCAGUCAAUUUGCGGGAACCGCUCUUUGGUUUGCUGGCAAUGCGAUACUGCCCGAACUUGGUUGGGACAACUUGGACGACUCAAGUUUGGGCUAUUUGACAUCGAGCGUUCAAUUUGGAUUUAUAUUGGGCACUUUUGUCUUUGCGCUGCUGAGCAUAGCCGAUCGAUUCUUGCCGACAAAAGUGUUUGCGCUGUGUUCCUUGGCUGGUGCUGCUUGCAAUGCUUUGUUGCCGGUUUGCAGUCCUUCCCAGUCCUUGGCUGGAUUGAUUGUCUUACGACUGACUACCGGAUUCUUUUUGGCGGGAAUUUAUCCAGUAGGAAUGAAGGUUGCUGCCGACUGGUUUCAAACUGGACUGGGAAAAGCUCUGGGAUGGCUGGUCGGAGCCUUGGCACUAGGAAGCAGUUUUCCAUUUUUGUUGCGACAGAUUCCACAGUCGUGGGAAUCCUUAAUUUGGGAAACCAGUGCUAUUGCGGUUCUAGGUGGACUGGUGAUUGGAUUUUUGGUUCCCAACGGGCCCUAUCGCAAGGCGGGAAAUGUCAAAGGUUUGGAUCCAUCGGUGAUUUGCACUUUGUUUACCAACAAGAAGUUUGCUUCGGCUGCCAUUAGCUAUUGGGGACACAUGUGGGAAUUGUAUGCCUUUUGGACGUGGACCCCAGUGGUGUGGGAGGCCUAUUUGAAUGAAAAUGAUAGCAGCAGCGAGUUUUGGUCACCAAGUUUGGUGACGUUUUUGGUGAUUGGUGUUGGAGGGUUGGGGUGCGUGGUAGGCGGAUAUCUUUCCAUUCGAUACGGUAGUGCCGCUGUAGCCUUUGGGAGUUUGGCAAUAUCAGGAGCCAUGUGUUUCUUGUCGCCUCUCUUGUACAUGGCGCCUCUUGGAAUCAUGUUUGCGGCCUACUUGUUCUGGGGUAUGGCGGUUGUUGCCGAUUCACCGCAAUUUUCAACUCUUGUAGCCCAAAGUGCCCCAGCUGAAUCGAAGGGUACAGCUUUGACCAUUGUGAAUUGUAUUGGAUUCACAGUGACGAUUGGUUCUAUUCAGUUGCUUGCGGUUCCUUUGCCAGAACAAUACUUGUUUCUUCUGUUGGUGCCUGGACCAAUCAUUGGGCUUUACAGUCUUUGGACGUAUCACCUUCGAGGCCAAGAUUGGAUGGAAAACAGUAAGAGCUAA